ACUUAAAACCACAACGUCUCAUGCCUCCUUUGACUUUGUUUAGACCUGCGCCCUUUUCUCUACAAUCGUUUUCAUUUCCACUACUCUGAAUUGCUAAUUGAGCCGCGCACGGCGUGCGACGAGCAACCCCCGCAUUGCCCACCUCCGAGCCCUCGCCGCACCUCUCCUCCAAAGAGAGCGUGCACGACAGACAACUCCCCACCUACGAACUCUAGCAACACACACAACAUGGCGCCCCCAGGCCGACGGAGACCCCUCUCCCCGCUCCCCCUCCUCCUCUCGCUCCUCCUCCUCUUCACCACCACCGCCUCCGCCGCCUCCUCCGCCGUCCUGGGACUCGACCUCGGAACAGAAUACAUCAAAGCCGCCCUCGUGAAACCCGGCAUCCCCCUAGAAAUCGUCCUGACCAAGGACUCGAAGCGGAAAGAGGUUUCGGCCGUCGCAUUCAAGCCUCUGAAGGGCGGUAAGACGCUGGACAAGGGCGCCUUCCCCGAGCGCUUCUAUGGCGGCGAUGCCGUCGCAUUGCAGGCACGCUUUCCGGCCGACGUGUAUCCCAACUUGAAGACUCUGCUGGGUGUGCAUGAUGUUUCUGGUGAGGAGGUCCAGGUGUACAGGCAGCGGUAUCCGGCCGUGGGCGUCGUCGAGACAGAGGGACGGAAGGCGGUGAGCAUUGAGAGCGGCAUCUUCGCCGAGGGCGAGAAGAACUUCUCCGUGGAAGAGUUGCUCGCCAUGGAAUUGAGGAAUGUGAAGGAGAAUGCGAAGGCUUUGGCUGGGAAGGCGUCCGCGAUUGAGGAUGUCGUCUUUACCGUUCCGGCUUUUUACACCGUCGACGAGAGACGCGCGCUGGAGACUGCGGCGCGCUUGGCCGGCCUCAAGGUUCAGGCCAUGGUUACGGAUGGCCUGGCUGUCGGCAUCAACUACGCCAUGACGAGGGAGUUCCCCGUCGUGAACAAGGGAGGAAAGCCAGAGGUACAUCUCGUCUUCGACAUGGGUGCUGGAUCCGCCACGGCCACGGUGCUCAAGUUCCAAGGCAAGCAGGUCAAGGAUGUGGGCAGGUACAACAAGACGGUCCAGGAGGUGCACGUGUUGGGUUCGGGCUGGGAUCGCACCCUCGGGGGCGAUUCCCUGAACUCCCUUCUGGUGGAAGAUAUGGUAGCCGAGUUUGUCAAGCUGCCGGCCGCGAAGAGCGCCUCCAUCACGGCGGACAAGGUCAAAAGCCAUGGACGCACCGCGGCAAAGCUGUUCAAGGAGGCCGAGAAGGUUCGCCAGGUCCUCAGCGCCAACACGCAGACUUCGGCCUUCUUCGAGGGCCUCUACGAGGACGUCGAUUUCCGGUACAAGAUCACUCGUCAGCACUUUGAAGAGCUCGCCGCCGACUACGCGGCCCGUGUCGAAGGGCCCAUCACCCGCGCUGUGGAAGCGGCAGGCCUUAAGCUGGAAGACAUCGACUCCCUCAUUGUUCACGGCGGCGCCUCUCGCACCCCCUUUGUCCAGAGUCGCCUGGAGAACCUCGUCGGCAAAGCCAAGAUCAAGGCGAACGUCAAUGCCGAUGAAGCCGCUGUGUUCGGUGCUGCGUUCAAGGCUGCCAGUUUGGCGCCCUCGUUCCGCGUCAAGGAGAUCCGCGAUUACGACACCCAAGGUUACAACCACGGCAUCCAGUACAUGUUCAAUCUCAAGGAUUUGGACCAGAAGAUCUUCACGCCCGCGACCAAGAUUGGGGCCACCAAGGAUCUCGCCUUCCAGAUGAUGGGCGACUUCACCUUCUCCGUCUACCAAGCUGUCCCCGGAGCGAAUGGGGAGGUCGUCAAGAACCCCGUUCUGGAGUUUGAGAGCGGAAACCUGACGCGAGUGGUCACCAAGUUGAUCGAUGAGAGCAAGUGCGAUAGGGAGAGCUUCAACAACUACGUCCAGGUUCGAUUGAGCCCCAUCACCGGCACUCCCGAGAUCGUUUCUGCCUGGGUUACCUGCGAAGCGGAGGUGGAGGAGGCCAAGGGCGGCAUCGUCGACGGCAUCAAGGGGUUCUUUGGUGGCGGGAAGAAGGAUCAGGAGGCGCUCAAGGAGGCCGAAAGCAGCAGCGCUUCUGGGUCUGCGUCUGCGGCUUCUGCGUCCGAGUCUGCUUCCGCCUCCUCCUCGUCGGCUGCCGAAGCGCAGCCUUCUGAUGCGGCCAAGGGUAGUAAGAGGAAGGAGAUGCGAUCGGCCAUUACGUUCAAGGUCACGCAAAAGGGUUAUGAGAAGGUACCGCGCAAGGAGUUCAAGAGGAUGCAAGACAGGCUCGCGGCCUUCGACGCAUCCGACAAGUCCCGCCGUAUCCGCGAGGAACACCUCAACUCCCUCGAAGCUUUCACGUACCGUGUCCGUGACCACCUUGAGGACGAAGCCUUCAUCGCGGCCUCCACCGCCGAGAUCCGCGCCGUCAUCGAGGACAAGCUCAGCGCGGCUUCCGACUGGAUCUACGCCGAGGGCCACGACGCCACGGAAGAUGUGCUCAAGGCCAAGCUCAAGGAACUCGAGGAUGUGGUUGAGCCAGUGCUAAAGCGCAAGACGGAGGCCAAGGAGAGGCCUGAGGCGCUCAAGGCGAUGCGCGAGGCGAUCGACGGGUUGAAGAGCGUGAUUCCCAUGGUGAAGGAGAAUAUCGAGCUUUCUUCCGCGGCGGCCGCGAAGGGUGCAGAGGAAGAAGGGUCAUCUUCUUCGGAUCCUCUGGCGGAUUUGGAAGGCGCAGAAGCGACCGCCUCGGACGGGGCUGCUCCCAGUGCAACGACGAAGAAGACGGCGAAUUUCGCGACGGAUGCGCCCAUCUACGAGCCCAAGGACCUGGAACUGCUCGAAUCGACGGCGGCGGCGGGCGAGAAGUGGCUCGCCGAGGCGGAGGAACGGGUCAAGGACGUGCGCGCGCACGAGGAUGCGGCCGUCACGGUUCAGGAGAUCAAGGCGGAGACGCAGAAGAUCAACGAUGCCGUGGUCGAGAUGAUGAGCAAGCGGUUCAGCUUCUUGACGCGGCAGCGGCAGGCGGAGGAGAGGGCGAGGAGGGCCGAGGAGAAGGCGAGGAUGGAGAAGAAGAAGGCGGAGAGGAAGGAGAAGAAGGAGAAGGAGAAGGGGAAGGAGAAGAAGAAGGCGAAUACGGAGGAAGAGAAGAAGAAGGAGGAAGACCAGAAGAAGGAGCCCACGCGCGAGCAGCCCACGGAGGAAGAACUUCGCGAAGCGCUCGAGGCGGCGGGGAUUAAAGGGGACAGCGGGGUCAAGCUCGAGAACCUUGGGCUGAAGGACGGACAGCUGAAGGAUAGCAAUGGGAAACCGCUGUUGAAGCUCAAUCUAGGCGAGGAUGCGAGCGAGGAGGAUAUCCUGGCGGCGAUUGAUCGGGCGGUGGAGGAGGGGAGGGAGGAGGUGAAGCGGAGGAAGGAGGAGGAGGAGAAGAAGAAGAAGAACAAGGCGAAGGCGGAGGGCAAGAAGGAGGGGCAUGAUGAGUUGUAGAGGAGUUGGCAAGGGGUUGCGAGAGAGUGGAGGAGGUGUGUAUAUAUAUGUAUUGUGAAGGUGUGAUGCUGCACGCAGAGUGUAUGUCACCAUCGGCAUUCUUUAGGAGUUUUGGUCUAUUAGAGACAAGAAGGCGAGGCCGUGAAGAAAGAGAAAUAACGAUAUAUUCCAC